AUGCGUUCGCUCAGUUAUGUUGAGCGUGUGAGCUUAGAUUUCACUGGGACUUUGUUUCCUCACGCUAUUUGUCUUGGAGAUGCAGACAACGACUCGCUGAAUGAACUGGUAGUGGGCGACACCAGUGGCAAGCUGUACAUUUAUAAGAAUGAUGAUCCCAGGCCGUGGAUCACACGCUCUUGUCUUGGCAUGCUGACCUGUGUGGGCGUGGGAGAUGUUUGCAACAAAGGAAAGAACUUUGUAGUAGCAGUUGGAGCUGAAGGCUGGUUUCAUGCUUUUGAUAUUAGUGCUGCUGUAGCGAAGGCAGACUCCAGUAGCCAACAGGAGGGUGUGGCAUGGGACGAACAAAAGCCGAGUUUCACACAGCAUAUCCCGGCCAACACUAAAGUCAUUCUCAUCAGUGACAUUGACGGUGAUGGACGUAGUGAGUUGGUGGUGGGCUACACUGACAGAGUAGUACGAGCAUUUCGCUGGGAGGAGCCCAGUGAUGCUGCAGACCAGAGCUGUGGACAGCUGGUUCUGCUGAAAAAAUGGCUUCUGGAGGGACAGGUGGACAGUCUGUCAGUUAACCCAGGUUCAGAGGGACUACCUGAGCUUAUGGUCUCGCAGCCUGGUUGUGGCUAUGCCAUCCUGCUCUGCUCCUGGACGCAGGCGGGUGAUGCAGAGCCUGAUGAAGACACACCUGCCUGUACUGGGGGAGAGAGCCUCAGUAGAGAUGUCCAGCUCCACCUGACGACCGGCCGCAUUCACAACAAGAAUGUCUCUACUCACCUCAUAGGCAGCAUCAGCAGAGGUUCCAAAGAUGACUCCAACAAAUGUGGUCUGUUUGCUCUCUGCACUUUAGACGGCACUCUGAAGCUGAUGGACAGCUCAGAACAGCUGCUGUGGUCUGUACAGGUGGAUCACCAGCUCUUUGCUCUUCAGAAACUGGACGUUACUGGUGACGGAAGGGAGGAAGUGGUGGCGUGUGCAUGGGACGGUCAAACCUACAUUAUUGACCACAACCGCAUGGUUGUGAGAUUUCAGUUUGACGAAAACGUGAACGCUUUCUGUGCAGGUCAGUAUGCCUGUAAAGAGGGAAAGAACAGCCCCUGUCUGGUUUAUGUCAGUUUCAACCACAAAAUCUACGUUUACUGGAGGGUGGAGCUGGAACGCAUGGAGCCCACUAACCUGCAGCGAGUACUUGAACAAUGUCCUGAAUACAAGGCUCUUCUCCACAAACUGGGCAUUGAUGCCAAUGACACACGUGCAGUGAGGAAGCUGAUUGGAGACCUGCUCUACGGAGACACACAGAGCCGGACCGAUUAGCCCUCUUUAAUACAAACCCUACUCUCUCUG